AGGAGGGAGCUGCGGGGCAGCCCAAGGCGGGACGCCCGCGUGCAUGUUUGUGCGUGACUCUGGAGUGUGGCUGAGAGACUGGAAGAGCCCGGAGUCGCCCAGAGCCCGAGGGUGUUUUCCCUAAAGAGCCUUUGGGACUUCCUCAGGAGAACACAGAGGCAGACAGGCAGGAUGGUGACCACUUGUCCUCAGGACAUGGUGACCUUCACCGAUGUGACUGUGAACUUCACCCAAGAGGAGUGGGCGCUGCUGGACACUUCGCAGAGAAAUCUCUACAGGGACGUGAUGCUGGAGACGUUCCAGCACCUGAGGACAGUCGAACGGGAACUACAACUUAGAAACCAGCAUUCACCGUUUCCUCAGAUGAAUUUUGGAAAGAAAACAUUCCAUAGGUUCCGGAUAGAAAAAUCACAGGAAGGGGGCCAGGAUGGGUGGAACGUCAAUCGUGAUGUGAAACAUGAAAAAGACUUCAGGGGAGAGUCCUAUACGAAUACACCAAUCAGCACUCAGCAUGAAAGCAUCCUUCCUCCGAGUUGCUCCUCCACCAAGAAACCCUCCAUGCAGUCAACCAAAUCUCGCUCAGGCAGCAGAACGGGGGCUGGAGGGAAGCUCCCUUAUCCCAAAGAGUGCAGAAAACACUCGACCAACGAGAAUUCUGACCCGGAGCAGCCAGCAUCACCUCCACACCCCGCUAAGCCCAGAAGGGCCCGCUCCGGAGCCAAGUCCUCGUGUGACAUCUGUGGGAAGUCCUAUAAGUCCAGUUGCUACCUCCGCGUGCACGAGCAGACCCACACGGGGCCCAGACCCCACAAGUGCCAGAAGUGUGGCUUGUCCUUCAUGACCUUGGCACACCUCAAAAGACACAUGCUGACCCACGACCGCAGGAGGCUCUAUAAGUGCAAGGAGUGCGGGAAGCGGUUCGGAGCCACGUACAUCAAGGAGCACCGGUACACGCACAGCGGGGAGCGGCCCCACGCGUGCGAGGAGUGCGGGAAACGGUUCAGGAAAGCAUCGCACCUGCGGGAGCACAUCCAGAGCCACCGCGGGGAGCGGACCCACGUGUGUGAGGAGUGUGGGAAAGCCUUCCUUUCGCCUUCCAUCCUGAAAAGGCACCUGCGGUCGCACAGCGGAGAAAAACCCUACGGCUGCAGGGACUGUGGCAAAUUCUUCACCCGGUCCGCACACCUUUCCCGUCACCAGAAAACCAAAGGCUGUGGCCUGUGA